AUGGUCAUUACAUCCCAUACGGCGGAGGCACAUCAGCGUCGCCGAACCCGGACCCGGGCGGAGCGGAUAAGGCGAAAAGUGACAAGGGCAUGCGAUGCCUGCAAGGCACGCAAAAAGGCAUGCACUGGGGACAUACCGUGCGAAUCUUGUGUACGGCUGGAGCUAUCAUGCACGUAUGAUGUUCCCUAUAACCGGGGGUCUGCUGCUUUCCCGCAACCCUCGUCACGACCGAUGGAAACGGGAGGCGGAAAUAGAGCGAACAAGACGCCUGCCGCGAGAGUAGUAGACGGGGCUGUGGCUACACCUUCACCCACGGAGAAUCCAGGACGCCGAUCUGUCACCACGUCGUCGAGUCUAGCUGCGACACAUCCGACUCCGGAAGAUGGCAAUUCAACCGAAGUUGGCGGCCAAUACAGAGGGCCAGCAUCCGCCCAUUCGUUCUUGGACAGAGCUGUCAGAAACUUGCACGGGGCUCCACCUCCAUUAUCGUUGCCUUCGGAGGAUGUAUCCGCUUCGAUUUUCUCGCAUGGCGAUCGGCAUGCCCCGAGAACACUGGUAUCUCAAAUGCGCUGGCCUGACCGAUCAACGGCCGAUUACUUGAUACGGCGAUAUUUUGAAUUUGCAUCACCUACCUACAGAGUGCUACACCAAGGGACUGUCGACACUUGGGCAGAAGCCCUUUUUGGGCCCAAUGAGCCAUUAGAGGGCGAAACCACAACUUCAGCGGUGUCAUCUGCUGCCAAGGCAAUUCUCUUACUGCUAUGUGCUACAAGUUCCUUGUUCUCUACUCGCGAUGGAUCGCCGGCUCAAAACACCCAAGACUGGUCAAAUUGGCAAGACAGCGAGACUUAUUAUCAGAUCGCUGAACAGAUCCUUGCCCAGGAAACCGGUGCACCGUCUUUGGAGUCUGCGCAGGCCCGGUUCCUGACGGUUCUAUAUCUUUUAAGUACCUCUCGAGUAAACCAAGCCUGGUACAACUUUGGCACCACGGUACAACUCGUGAUGGCACUAGGUCUUCAUCGAAAGCAAACACGACCACGAGCAUUUGCCUCGAUUGCAUCGAGUGCGGUUGCCGCAGAGUGUUCGAAGCGUGUACUGUGGUGCUCUUUUACUCUCGAUGAGUACCUCAGCCUCAUACUUGGUCGGCCGCGAUUACUUCGAGAAGAGGACAUUGAUCAAGAGUACCCAACCUUGAUCAACGACGAAGCCCUGGAUUAUAAGCCUAGAUCACGCUCUGCUCCCCUGAGAAAUUGCUUGAUGGAUGCAUCCGUUUGCCAUGCGAAGAUUUCUCGAAUUCUAGCACGAGCCUCUAGGGACUUGUACUCGAUCAAAUCUCUCGAUAAGGAGCAAGAAGUCGAGACCAUUGCGAUAUUGAUGGAGCAGAUCACCGAAUGGCAAUCCAAAUUACCGCCUCUCUUAGGAGAUUGGGUUUGUCCGAGCAGCCUGAUCUCAAUUUUUCGAAGACAACUGACCGUCAUCCGCCUGGCUCGACUCCAUGCUAUUAUGUUUGUUACUCGACCGCUUCUUCUUCGAGACUAUUCGCAACGCAUGAACAUAGAUGGGCCCUUGAAGCAGUUUCUGCGAACUUGUAUCUACACGGUUCGCGAUACCCUUGAACUGGUGUUAGAACUCGUCAAGGAUAAUCUACUGUUCCCGGCGUUCUGGUAUACGCAGUACAUUGCUUUUACCGCCCUCUCAAUCGUCUACAUCUAUCUUAUCCACUCAAAAAAGGGUCGAAUUCCAUAUGAAUGGUUAUUUGCGCACGAUGAGAGCCAGGAAUUACCACCUAUCGAUCGUAUGAUGCUUUAUAAUCUGGCAGAAGAGACGCAAUAUCAUCUUGGUCAUGCAACCGAAAUGAACGCUCUUGCAUGGAGAUACACCGUCGUCCUGAAAGCUCUAAGGCUGGAGGCAAUGGGAGAAGAGAAUGAGACGCACGUCGAUGAUGUGGCGGACUCGCAAGUCGAUUCGAAUGAGGAAGCCGUGGCCACUUUGCCGAUGGAAGUCGUUCGUACAGAAGGCGUCCCCCAUGAGCAACUCCCUGUGGACUGGACAGGGCUUUGGACCUCCCUUAUCGAACCGGUCAAUCCGUCGAUUCACGGUUCCGGGCUACUUGAUUCUGGAAUAGGAGGCUUGCUCAGCUUCAAUGGUCUCACCGAUGAGCUUUGUCUUGACUUCUGGCCGCAGCUUGAUCGUUUACCAACGUCACUGCUAAAUUCACGGAAUGCGUGA